CUGGACUUAAAAUAGCUUCCAAAUGCCACCCAAGUUCCCUUAGCCAAAUCUCAAACUCCCUCAAAAAUAAAACAAAUAAUCAAGAAUGAUGCCGGAAAAGUGGACGGCUGUGCUGCUAUUGCUGCAGCUGCUCGGAAAUUUGGAGACGGGCGAGGCGAUAUGGUUUCCCUGGUACUUCCAGCGGUAUGGAUUGGCCCCGCACUCGACGCGUCAUGGCGGAGGUCACAAGAACAAGACUGACGCGACCUGUCCACCUGGCUACGAGCCGAAGUCCUCGGCGGCAGGACUAACCGGAGCAUUGGGCGGCUGUGAACGGGUGGCGGGUUCGAAACAACCAGGAAAACGACUUUGCGAUGACAAUCCCGUCCUAAUGCAGCUGGCCCGUCUCUAUGUGGUCAGUCCCGAGCGGAUUGUCCUGCUGCUGGCCCAGCCCUCGCUCACCGAUUCCUGCGCAGAGAUCACCGAGGUGCUGGCCAACAUCAGGAAGUCCAUGCGCAACUGCAUCCUGACACCGGACAAUAUCUAUGGUAGAUUGACGGACGGUCUCAGCUACUUCCAGUCGGAGGUCUGUGAGGGAGGCGAUGGCAGCAACCGGAAGAGAUGCACGGGACUCCAGGAGUCGCACAACUGCCUGCGGGAACUGCGUACGGACAUGAUCGAGUGCGAGGCUCCGGCGGAUUGGUACGAGCGGAGGAAUGCCUCCAAGGUGUGCCACAUCUUCAACGACGUCCUGGACUGCUAUUACACGAGGGCUGCCCUGCUGUGCGGCGUGGAGGUCGCCAAGCAGCUGAGAUCCUUCGCCGGGGACAGCAUGGGCCGGGCCAUGGUCCACAGGUGCGAGGUCAACAAGAGGUUGCCCCGCGUGGACAAUGCCAUGCCCAUCAGCGCAAACAGCGGGGUGGGCAAGGGGCUCUCGUGGUUUAAUUUAUUUAAUUUUUUGCACAUUUUAUUUUGGUUUUCAGGCCUUGAAUAUAUUUUUCGGUUAUAAAAGGUGUUGAUUUGC